AUGACGACCACUACGCCUUCUUCACCUAAUAUAAUUCAAAAUCGUAUAACUACCGUAAAUAGUCCAGUAUCAUCUUCACCAUCGUCUGUCAUAAAAAGAACACCACUAAAGGUCAAGCGCAGUCCAGCAUGGAGAUAUUUUCAAACGGAAACGAGUUCAUUAAAUGCUGAAUGUAUACUGUGUAAAUUAAUAAUUAAGCGUGCAACAUCAACAACAUCAAAUCUUUUAUAUCAUCUAGCACAUCAACAUCCUAACGAAUAUAAACUUAUAAGUAAAUUAUCCAAACAGUCAUUCAAUAAUCAAACACGUCUUCGACUCGAUAGUGAACGUGGUGAACAAUUAACACGUCUUGCAGUUGAAUUUAUUAUACAUGAUCUUCUUCCGUUAAGUACUAUCGAAAGUCCAAAAUUACAGGCUAUUUUUCAUGAAGCUGAACCUUCA